AUCCUCUGUUCUUAACUUAAGAGCAUCGUCACCCCCCCUUUUAAAAAAAUACUGUAGUUGAGUAUUUCCACGUGUGUGAUGCUUUCUUUCUAAUUCCCAAACCUAAAGUACUCUUCCUCCUCGGACUCUUCCUCCUCGGACUCUUCCUCCUCGGACUCUUCCUCCUCGGACUCUUCCUCCGUCUGUCCACAGCUGUGAGAUAACCAGGAGACAUGGAACUAGCACCUGGAUCAGACAUCAACGUCUCUGCUUGGCUCCGCCCCUGCAUUAACGCCUCCUAUGAGCCUCCAAUCAGAGCAGUGUGUCCGUACAGCACCGGUCAGCUCAUCCUCAUCGUCAUGGUAACAGCAUCCCUCAGCAUCGUCACUGUGCUUGGCAACACGCUGGUGAUCAUCUCAAUCCAAGUAAAUCGCCACCUGCGGACUGUCAAUAACUACUUCCUGUUGAGCCUGGCGGUGGCCGAUCUGAUCAUCGGCCUGUUCUCCGUGAACCUGUACACUAUCUACCUGCUGCUGGACCGCUGGCCACUGGGGGCAGCGCUCUGCGACAUGUGGCUGGUUGUGGACUACGUGGUGAGCAGUGCCUCUGUCUUGAACCUGCUGAUCAUCAGUUUGGAUCGAUACUUCUGCGUGACACGCCCCUUCAUUUACCCGACGCGUCGAACAGGAAGGAUGGCCAUUCUGAUGAUUGGUGCCGCCUGGCUGUUGUCGUUUGUCCUCUGGGCCCCCGCCAUCCUCUGCUGGCAGAAUGUCGGGGGCAAACGAUUCGUCCCCGAUGGACAGUGUUACACGCAGCUGCUGGCCAGCCCGGCCGUCACUUUGGGGACGACGCUUCCUUCCUUCUACCUCCCGGCCAUCGUCAUGAUCGUCCUGUACAGCCGUCUGUCCGCCGGCAGCCGCAACCGGCUGAGCGUUCUCCAGUCAGAGCAGGGCACGCUCAGGACGUCCAGUCCGUCCAUUAAAGACUUCCUCAUGAAACGAUGGAGCUGGGUGACCAGCGACCCUUGCUCAGAUCUGUCUCUGAACCAAUCAGAGUCCAGCACAACAAAGACCAGAAGGAACCGGAGGGCGUCUAGAAGUCCCGGAGACACGUCAGAGCUCGCAGACAUCUGUCUGUCCCGUCAGCAGCGUCUCACUCAGUCCGCCGGUCGUCGCACCAGAUUUGAAGAUUACAACAAAAUUGAGAACGACUCCUCAUCCAACACUGACCUCCACAGGACGGCGUCCAUGGCUUUCUCCACCUGUCCCAGUUUCAAGUCUCAGGAGACGAGGAUGCAUCGAGUGAUGGCGAGGGAGAGGAGGGUCACCAAGACCAUCUUGGCCAUCCUGCUGGCCUUCAUCCUCACCUGGACGCCCUACAACAUCAUGGCCGUCAUUGCCACCUUCUGUCACGUCUGUAUCCCAAACAGCCUGUGGACCAUAGGAUACUGGCUCUGUUACAUCAACAGCGCCAUCAACCCGGGCUGCUACGCCCUCUGCAACGUCACCUUCAGGAAAACCUUCUGCAGCCUCCUGCGCUGUCGCCGCACAAAACUCCGCUGACACGCGAGUUCUUCAGCACAUCAGGUAAAGCUGGAGGUUGGUCACCUGAUUUGUCAUCGUCUCUUUGUGCUCGUUCUGCUUCUCUUUGUUGUCGGGUCUGUUCAUCGUUGAUUGAUGUUGAAACAGGAAAUGAUAAAAGUCUGUUUUUAAAGUGGCACAAAUUCAAACAAACCAAUGACCAAUCGUCUUCCUCCUCAGGGCGGGCGACAUCAUCAGUGACCAGUUAGACUCCUCUGUUCAGUCCAGGUGUAAAACUGGAAACUGAACGAGAAGCGAUAGUUUAGCAUUGAGAUGUUAAACCGAGUCUCCGAGAAUGUUUGACCAAGAGAAGUUGUUUUAUUUACCUGGUUAUUAAUGAUUAUCAUUUGCGUAAUUAAUUAUUAACGAUAUAGUAACGAUUAUUGUUUGUAUUAUUGAUAAUCAUUGUUUGUGUUAUAAACGAUUAUGUUUGUGUUAUUAAUGAACAGAUCAGACUCUUCUACAAUGUAAAGUAUUUAAUUUGUUCAUUUAUACAAGUCUCAUCAAUAAUCUAUAAUUCAAAAAAUAGAUUUUUUAUCUUUUCUAACAUGAUGAACUGGACCUGGAAGUGAAUUUAAAAUCAGCUACAUUCAAAGCUUUUAGUUUCUAUCUGUUAAAUCAGACUAAAGCUACGAGGACGGUUUCAUCUUCUAAAUCUAAAGUUUCCACAUUUAAUCAACAUCAACUCAAAGAAGAAAAACAUUGAGAGGACGGAGGAGUGUUUGAUGAACGAGGGAAGACGUCCGUUCAGCUGGAGGAGAAGUUCUGUCGUCUCUUCAUCCUUUAGUUGGACUUCUUCUCUCCUGUGAGGAAAAGACAAACUCACGAUGAACGAUUCAUCUUCACAGUGAAGCUUCGAUCAGAAUCAAACACUUGAACAGAUUUAAUCUCUGAUGUCUUUUGUCUCAUAAACAGUUUCUGAUAAUGUUAAAGUUCCAGUGAGAAGAAUUUAGAAUAAGAAUCUUCAGUAAAUAAAGAUGGACGACGUGACGACUGAACAAAAGUGAAAGAAUCUUUUCAUUUACUGGAAAUAUUUGAGUUGUAAUUGGUCAUUUCAUUACGUGUAAUCAUAACAUGUAACAUGAAUAUUAAAGCUCUGAUAAAUCUGUUUUUGUCUGACAUGACAAAUAUCACAUUAUAGAUGUUAAUAUAGUAAUAAACAGUCAAUCUUAAAUAUGUGAUAUUUAAAAUGAGAAAAUUAUAAAAACGUGUUUUUCAUGAUUUACACGUGAUUAAAAGUGUCUCAGAAAACAACCUGAGAUUAUGUUCUAUGGAGCAGUGAGUGUGAUGAUGCCUCCCGGACACUAGGUGUCUCUGUUAUUAUGUGCUUGUGUGUUUACAGGAGCUGAAUGAAGAGCGAGAGAGAACCUCUGCAGCCUUGAACUCUUUAAUUUGCAUCUGGAUUCAGUUCUCACAUCUGGAUUCAGUUCUAACAUCUGGAUUCAGUUCUCACAUCUGGAUUCAGUUCUCACAUCUGGAUUCAGUGCUAACAUCUGGAUUCAGUUCUCACCUCUGGAUUCAGUUCUCACAUCUGGAUUCAGUGCUAACAUCUGGAUUCAGUUCUCACAUCUGGAUUCAGUUCUAACAUCUGGAUUCAGUUCUAACAUCUGGGUUCAGUUCUCACAUCUGGAUUCAGUUCUCACAUCUGGGUUCAGUUCUAACAUCUGGGUUCAGUUCUCACAUCUGGAUUCAGUUCUCACAUCUGGAUUCAGUUCUCACAUCUGGAUUCAGUUCUCACAUCUGGAUUCAGUUCUCACAUCUGGAUUCAGUUCUAACAUCUGGAUUCAGUUCUCACAUCUGGAUUCAUUUCUCACAUCUGGGUUCAGUUCUAACAUCUGGGUUCAGUUCUAACAUCUGGAUUCAGUUCUCACAUCUGGGUUCAGUUCUCACAUCUGGGUUCAGUUCUAACAUCUGGAUUCAGUUCUCACAUCUGGGUUCAGUUCUAACAUCUGGAUUCAGUUCUCACAUCUGGAUUCAGUUCUCACAUCUGGGUUCAGUUCUCACCUCGGGGUUUCUUGGCUUUGGGGGAGCAGGGUUUGGACACUGUGACGCUGGUUUGGCACUCGGCGUUGUACAGCGCCCUCUUCAGGGCUCCUGACCGCCGCUUGCUGUUGGUGACGCCGUCGCAGGAUCCCCACGCUCCGAACUUGUACUUGCAGUCACCUGAGAGGAAUCGACCAAUGAGAUGUGAGCUGCAGAUCCCGGUUGACUGAAACACACGCUCGUCUCGAUUUGAUUUAUUUUAAUGAUGAUGAGUUAAAUAUCAAUAUCUUGCAUUUUUUGUCACAUUUACUGGAAUUCGAUCAAAAAUGUUUCAGAAUGUUUGUGAACUUUGAAAAACAAAUAAUUGUUAAUCCAAUAAAAGUUUCCAUUUCAAAAUAAAAA